AUGACGGCGCCGCAGGGUUGUUGGACGUGCAAGAACCGCAAAAUUGGUUGUGACAGGACAAUUCCUCAUUGUAACAACUGUGUUCGAACAAAAAGGCAAUGUGCAGGCUACGGGAUUCGAUUGGUCUGGCCUGACGAGCCUUGUGCCAGGCGUGGAGAACUCAUCUUAUGCCAUGUGGCAAACGCCGCGACUCCCCAUGAUUACCCUCAAGACAAUUACUGCAGAUUCUUGAACUUCACCUGGAUGGACUUUUGCCUGAAGGAAAAGCGCCUUACUUGGCGUCAGUUCAUAGAGCGAACAUCUGCAGGGCCGCUGCAUUCCCUGUCGCUCCAUUCACCAAUCGUUGGCGAAGAUGCCAUGCUUUUAGCGUAUUAUCAGCAGAUCAUAGCCCCCAUGUGCUCAACAACUCGGGCGAGGAAUGGCUUCCAUGAUCAGAUCCUGCCGGUGGUAUUGUCCUGUCGAGAUGGGUCCGCGACAGCUCUGUGCAGCUCUUUGCUAGCCAUCUCUGCAUAUCAUCACCAAGGACCAGGUGCCGCGCUGAAAUAUAAGAUAAGUGCAAUCAAGUGUCUCCAUGAGUCACUGGCGGCGUCAUCAAGAUUUGGUUGCAACGCAGAUGCAGAGGCACAGCUAGCUACUACUAUGAUGCUGUGCAUGUACAGCGUCUUUGACGAGCAGGAAGCUCAGUUUCACUUGCACCUCGACGGCGCGAAAAAGAUGUUGCGCGGCCUACAAUCGCAUCAGCAGCAGCGCCCGAUGUCCGAUUUUCUCAUGAACUGGGUAGUCUACUACGACGUUCUUAGUAGCUUCGCUCAACCUUCCCGAGGUAGUCGGGGAGAUUUGCGCGUGUUAACUUACUCAAGCAACUUACAACCCACGUCAAACUUGAUCAUUGGCCUGUUCGGAUGCUCCACCGAUGUUUUCAGUAGCAUUUCAUUCAUCAAUCAAAUGCGCAUGGCGUUGUCGGACUCAAGCGUAAACCCCGAUCCGGGUGAACAGUCACAACAGCGAAUGGCUUUGGAAGAGAGGUUGCGAAUGGCCUCCCAGCACCUCAGCCCCGAUGAAGCGGCCAACUCUACAACUGUGCAGAUCAAAGAUGCUUCGGCGACUGCCGAACUAUAUCGAUUGGCAGCUCUAUUGUAUCUCCAGCGCGUCGCUCCCGCCCCCGGUGACGACAUGCGAAGCGCUGUAUACUUACAACAGAUUUUUGCAGCGUUGAGAACGGUCCGGGUGGCAACGAGCCCCUGGCCAGUUUUUAUCACCGCUUGCGAAGCACGCACAGAAGAUGAACGCGUUCAAAUCCUCAGAGUCUUGGAGCGAAUGGACGAAAUUCGAAAUGUUGGGAAUGUUCGCGUUAUGCGAAGCCUCAUCGAGUCAAUAUGGAAGCAGCAGGACCUACGGGAUUCAUCCGGUAAAUCCGAGGCGAUGCAAUGGUGGCUUCGCGUUGAUGGUGAGGUUCCAGCUCCCUGGUUUGCAUAA